AUGCUUGAAAAGAUUAUCUAGAACUAAAUCAAUUAUUAGAGGAAAUUAUCAAAAUAUAUUAAAUUAUAAGAAUGGAAAUUUAAAAUCAGAAAACAAUUAGCAUUCUUUUACAGAAUAUUAUUAUUGAUUUUUAGAGAUACAAUUUAUAUUAUAGGUGGAGCAUAUGGAUACCAAUGGUGUCGAAUAGGAUAAUCUAUAUAAGUAGAUUUGAUACAAAAAUAUGAAUUAAAUACUAUAAAAAUCUGGUUAUGGGAUUAAGAUAAUAGGGUUUAUAGAGUAAAAGUGUUUAUCAAAUUCUAAAAUAUAGAAACAAAAAUUUAUGAAAGUAAUUUAGCAUAAAGUGUAGUUACAAUUAGAUUU